AUUUGAGCCGUGCAGGAACGACCGUACGACAUGAAGAAAGCUCAGUCAGCUUAGAUUCAAAGGCAGCGUUCCUUUUCUCAUUCCUUCACAGUCCCCAAGAUGACGCUCUAAUACUGUAACCAACAGAACCCUGGACCCGGAGCUGAACUUCGGUCAGCAAUAAUCCAGCUGGAAAAGCUUCUUUUCGUACUCCUGUGUCUUUAAGGAGGCGCUGAUCCAGCGUGAGUCAGCAUUUUCCCUGCAGAGAUUGCGCUGCCUUGUUUCGAGGAGAGGAGAAUCUCUUCGGGGUUUGUCUCGAGCGUCGAGCAUUCGGCAUGCCUGGCAAAUACACAAUCACCUACUUCCCUGUACGUGGACGCUGUGAGGCCACACGGAUUCUGCUGGCUGACCAGGGUCAGGAGUGGACAGAGGAUGUGGUGACUGGGGAAAUAUGGCAGAAAGGAGACCUCAAGAAAUCAUGUGUUUUUGGGCAGUUGCCUAGAUUUCAAGACGGAGACUUCAUUCUGUACCAGUCAAAUGCUAUUCUACGUCACUUGGCUCGGAACCAUGGACUCUAUGGUCAAGAUGCACGGGAAGCAACGCUGCUGGACAUGGUGAAUGAUGGCGUGGAGGACCUGCGUGUGAAAUAUGCUCGCCUCAUCUAUCAGAACUAUGAGGAUGGCAAAGCCCCUUAUGUUGAGGCCCUGCCAGGGGAGCUGCGUCCUUUUGAGAAUCUUCUGGCUCAGAAUAAUGGUGGAAAAGCCUUCAUUGUAGGCAAACAGAUCUCCUUUGCAGACUAUAAUUUGCUGGACAUACUUCAUGCGCACCUGGUCCUGGCACCUGACUGCCUGGCUUCUCUGCCCUUGCUGGCUGGCUAUGUGCAGCGGCUCAACGCCCGGCCCCUUCUCAAGGCUUUCCUGGAAUCUGAUGCCCACAAGAAGCGCCCAAUCAAUGGGAAUGGCAAGCAGUGAGAAGAAUCCCUUUGGCAGGGUGCAGCAAUUUCUCUUAUUUUUUAGAACACAGUAGUUUUGUAUCAUUCUGUGUUGAAUAUAGCUCAUUUGAAAAAAGA